AAACUCUGAACUAGUGCAGCCAGUUGAGCUGAAAAGAACAGACCCGUAGUCGCCUCGUUAUCGUCCCGAGGUGGUUCCGGGCUUCGUAUGUUUAUAGAUAUUUAUAAAAUUUUAUAAUCUUUUUGUGCACAGAAUUGAUAUAUCGCGAGACACGAACAAGUUGGAGCCAGUGCGAUUCGACGUCGAGCUGGCUAGCGUCAGAUUUUGCCUGGUUAAUUUCAUCUUUCUUAACCUAAAAUUAACCUAAAAUAAUCGAGAGAUGGCCGACGAGAAGUCCGUGAUGCAGGAAUUUAAGUUGGAUCCGGAUUGCGAAUUGAGGUUCGAGGUGGAGAGCAAGAAUGAAAAGGUCACGCUGGAGUUGAAGAACGGCCUGGCGGAAGUUUUUGGCACGGAAUUGGUGAAGGGGAAAAAGUAUGAGUUCACCGCUGGCGCCAAAGUCGCGGUUUACACCUGGCAAGGUUGUACCGUUGAAUUAGUUGGCAAGACGGACGUCAGCUACGUGGCGAAGGAAACGCCUAUGGGCCUGUACUUGAAUUGCCACGCGGCGAUGGAGCAGAUGAGAGAGACCGCGGAGAAGGACGACACCAGAGGUCCAAUAACAAUGGUCGUGGGUCCUUGCGACGUCGGCAAGUCUACGCUUUGUAGAAUACUGUUGAACUACGCCGUUAGAAUGGGCAGGAGACCGAUCUUCGUCGACCUCGACGUUGGUCAGGGACACAUAGCGAUUCCCGGCACCGUCGGUGCUUUACUGGUGGAACGACCGUCCAACAUAGUGGAAGGUUUCAGCCAGCAGGCUCCAUUGGUCUUCCAUUUCGGGCACAAAACGCCACAAGUUAACGUAACAUUGUACAAUUUACUUGUCACGCGUUUAGCGGAGGUUUGCGCAGACAGACUGCAAGCCAAUAAGAAGGCUAAAGCGUCUGGAAUUGUCAUUAACACAUGCGGCUGGGUCAAAGGGGACGGCUACAAGUUACUCACGCAUGCCGCCCAGGCGUUUGAGGUCGACGCGAUUCUCGUGUUGGACCAGGAGAGGCUGUACAAUGAAUUGGUGAGAGAUAUGCCGGAUUUCGUAAAGGUGGUCUUUCUGCCGAAGAGCGGCGGCGUCGUGGAGAGGAGCCAGGCACAGAGAACCGAAGCGCGAGAUCAGGGCGUUAGGGAAUAUUUCUACGGUUCUCGGACUCCGCUGUAUCCACAUAGCUUCGAGGUCAAGUGGAGCGAGGCGAGAUUAUACAAGAUUGGGGCGCCCGUCUUACCGGCGUCUUGUAUGCCGCUGGGCAUGAAAGCGGAGGAUAACCUGACAAAAUUGGUGGCCGUUGCGCCAGGACCCAGUUUGCUGCAUCACCUACUGUCGGUUUCCUUUGCAGACUCUCCCGAGGACGACGUCGUGCAGACUAAUGUAGCCGGAUUCGUCUGCGUGACCAACGUGGACGUCGAGAGACAGACGUUCACGGUACUUAGCCCGCAACCUAGACCGUUACCGAAUACAGUGCUAUUAUUGUCGGAUAUACAAUUUAUGGAUAGCCAUUAAAUGUAGACUUUUUUUAUUGUUAGAUUAGGCCCUGUAAAUAUUGUAAGAGUAAACAGCGAGGUAAUAUCUUUUCUAUCGAAAUUUAUAUAUUUAUACCCGGCGCUCACAUGGUACAAGUUUUGAUAGACCCUAACAUGCGAGUAUAAAUCAUGUGACAUUUUAUAAAUGGAAGAUUUGUAUUAUUUAAAUAUCUGUAUCUGUGUUAUACUCGAGCGAUAACUAACAAAUACAGAAUCAAAGAAAUUA